CGGGGCGAGAAGGGCGCACGCAACUGCGGCUCCAGCGGAGCGGGAGCGGAGCCGACGCGAGCUCGCAGCCCCGACCCCGCCCCGCGUGGCCGACUCGGGCUCGGGCUCCGCCCGCCCGCCCGCGCUCGCUCCCCUGCUCCCCUCCGGUCGGCUGCGCGGGCCGCAGCGCUUUGCCGCUCACCAUGGCCGGGCUGUUGGCGCUGCUGGGCCCGGCGGGCAGGGUGGGCGCCCGGGUCCGGCCUUGCGCCACCCGGCUCCUGGCCGCCCCCGCCCCCGGCGCCCCGCCUCCCCUGUCCCUGCUGCUGCGCCGGCCCGGGCCAGACGCCCCGUUGCUGCGCGCGGCCCUCGGGGACAGCCGCGGCCACCAGGACCCCAGCAAAACCUGUGCAGCCACGGGCAGCAGUGUCAGCAGCGCAGACGAGAGAAAGCAAAGCAAGUCACAGCAGCUGAAAAAGGUUUUUCAAGAAUAUGGUGCCGUUGGUGUGUCACUGCACAUUGGAAUCUCACUCAUCUCCUUGGGCAUAUUCUACAUGGUUGUUUCAAGUGGCGUGGACAUGUCCGCAGUCCUGCUUAAACUCGGAUUUAAAGAGUCACUGGUACAGUCAAAAAUGGCAGCGGGCACAAGUACGUUCGUGGUGGCCUACGCCAUCCACAAGCUGUUUGCGCCGGUGAGGAUCAGCAUCACCUUAGUGUCCGUGCCCUUGAUUGUCAGAUAUUUUCGGAAAGUGGGAUUUUUUAAACCUCCAGCUGCAAAGCCUUAAUGAACUCUCCAAUCGUGGGCUGGAAACCCUAUUUCUUUUAAACUACACAUUUUAGACUGGUAUUAGGGUUGUAGAGGGGGAGGGGGCUUGGGGCAUGGGAGUGGGAGCAAGGGGCUAAUAAUAGCUCUGUUCUCUUGGAUAAUUUUCACCUUUGCCAACCAAAUUCAGGUUUUUGAGUAAUUGUAAUAUUUUGCUUCAUGAAUUUUGUUAAUGCUAUUCAUCAUAGAGCUUGUAUACAUAAUCUAAAAUGUCAGCAAUACAGCACAAAGGUGUUGUCAUCUCAGAUAAAACUGUUAGCCCACGAAAUGUUCCUUCUGGAAGAUCAUUGGUGAGGGUCUGUCUGCAGAAGCCCCAGGGGUUAGCCUUUGCUCAGGUUCUUACAGGGCAACAAUUCAUUAAGCCAGUUUUAGAAUUCCCCUUCCUCCAAUAUUUGUCAGGCUGCCUGUGGUUUAAUAUGCAAUAUUCUGCAAAAACAGCUGCCAGUGCUCUAAUUAAUGAAGCAGAAUUUAAGACUUAACAAUAUGUAAUCUGGAUCUAAAUUAGCAUCAAUGCUUUGACAUUUGUUAACACUUGUCUUGGGGAAAGAAAACUAUUUUUGAUGUGUUUCAUUGAUUCCCAAAACACCUUCCAAUCUGGACAUGAUGGGACCUACCUCAGGUGGUUUUUCUUAAAUUUCAUUAAAGUAGGUCAGGGUCAUUUGUCUCUUUUGGUAAAAUUUGGGAACUUUGUCCAAUAGUAAAGGCAUCACCUGGCUGCUGAUGCCCAUUAUCCAGGGGGAUUGAUGCUGCACAUGGGGAAAGCUAAGACGAGGCUACCUAACCCUCUGCAUCUCAACCUUAAGACAUUCCAGAACUACUGUCACAACGUUUACAUUGUUUGCUACUUGUAUUUUUUGUUAAAAGUACGCAAAAAAGAUUUAGUAUCACUCCCUAAGGAAAAUUAGUAGCCCUCGUAAAAAUGGGACGCAACUGUGAAAUACUAUAAGCCUCAGAAGGCAGGCAGGUGUAAUUAACAUUCUACUAAGCCAGUUUUACUUGAUCAAGGAUGCCUGCAGCCCUUUCAUCGCUGUUAGAGGCAUUAGUUAAGAAUAGAAAUUCAAGUACACAGACCCAAGUGGAGACCUUGUCCUUGAAGAGGUCAGGAGCUGCAGUUCAGAGUAAUUCCUUCCCAUGAUUCAGCGUCUUGCAGUGCUGCCCUUGGGCGGUACAAGUGCCCAGCACUCGCCCCACACUCUGGGAACCCAACUGAACCAUUCCUGCCCUGCCCGGGGCAGUCAAGGGAGUUGGGUCUAUCUUUCUGGGUCUUGGUUUUGGGGAUUUUUAAAUUUCAUUUGUGACAAUCAGAAAACCAAAGCAACUACAAACUGACUAUCCUGGUUUUACCGAGACUCGGCUGUCGACAGUUCUCUGGUUAGCCCAGAGUAACCCACAUCAAUCAGUUCAGUUACAAGAAUCUUUGUGGGAUAAAUUCUCCACUUGCAGUAUCUUUAAAAUGGACCCUUAUUUUUUUUUCCCCAUUUAAAUCAAUUAGCCCAUUGCCAAAAGGUUUUGCCAAUACACAGUUGCCUUUCUGGGAUCUAAUUCCAAGGACAUCUAUGCAGCCAAGCAACAUGAUCUAUACCAGUGUGACGUAAUGCCUCCUGUGGUCUGGUCCUUUAUGAAAUACUUAGCUUCAGGCUCCUAACCACCUUCUAUGCCAGUCUCCCUACCACUCAGAUUCCUCGUAAUGCCUAUGCAAAAAAAGCUGACAGUGGUUCCUACAAGCUUAAGGGCUUACAUCUUAAAACUUUGAUUCUAGAUUUGGGAUGAUGGGAGUGGAUGGAAAGGGCGAGCAAUAAACCUAAUUAUCAUACCAAAUAGCCACAGCGUUCUCUUCUAAGCCCCGACUGCACUCCACUCCAUGACCAUGGUCAAAACAGAAAAGAAUAACGAGAGGAUGAGGCAGCCAGCAGAUCAGGGAGCUAGAGUACUAUGUGAAUUCACCAGCAAGAUGUACAAAUUGCUUGUAUUUACAGUUUUUCUAGAACUAGGGGAAUAAAACUAAUGAUCUAUUUUGAAAACGUAA